UCCCUUCUUUUUUGUGCUUCAUCAUUGUUUCUUUGGAGGCUAAGAAUUUAAGGAUAUGUUCCUCCAUAAAAAUAAAAGCUAAGAGCAGUAAGUGAUGCCCUAGAAGGAUUUUGUGAUUGUUGUCUUUAGUGGCUGCUUUUUUUUGUUCAGUAGCCGGCAUUUUCUCUUUCCUCUCUCCACCAGGUGGAAAUAUAGCACUUUGUAUCAUUUCUUCUGACACAACUCUCGUAGUUACUGCAGUGCCGUAUUCAAAUGUCAAAUGGGGUGAGGAGGAAAAGGCAAAGUCAUAUUCAAGAGGAAGAAGUGUGCCUUCAGCUGCAUUUUAUAGCAUCACAUUUUAAUCAUUUACUUGAGGGUAAUGAAAACAAUAGAUUGGAUAAGCUUCCUUUCUACAAAUUCUUUUAAUUCACUGAGAUAAAUGUAGAUCCAUUACUAGAAAUAAUACAUGAAAUCUUUGUGUCAGGUAGAAUUGCAUAGCACAAGACCAGACUAACAAAAUAGCACCCAGAUAUGUUUAAAUCUACUUUAAAAUAAUCAGUGGAAAUAAACCUUUGGCAUUCUUGGAAAGUUGGUUUUAUAUUAAUAUGUGAGAACGUUGUUCUUUAUAACCUGACUAAGGCAAGUCAGUCUUAUUUUCCAGGUGCAAUAUUAUACUGCAAGUCAAUUUUAACACAGUAAUUUAAGGCACUUCAAAUAUAAUGGAAAAGUAUGAAAAACUGGCUAAGAUUGGAGAAGGAUCUUAUGGGGUUGUAUUCAAAUGCCGAAACAAAACCUCUGGACAAGUAGUGGCUAUUAAAAAAUUUGUGGAAUCUGAAGAUGAUCCUGUUAUUAAGAAAAUAGCGCUAAGAGAAAUACGCAUGUUGAAGCAACUAAAACAUCCAAACCUUGUGAACCUCAUCGAGGUGUUCAGGAGAAAAAGAAAAAUGCAUUUAGUUUUUGAAUACUGUGAUCAUACACUUUUAAACGAGCUGGAAAGAAACCCAAAUGGAAUCGCUGAUGGAGUGAUCAAAAGUGUAUUAUGGCAAACACUUCAAGCUCUUAAUUUCUGUCAUAAACAUAAUUGUAUUCACAGAGAUGUAAAACCUGAAAAUAUUCUGAUAACUAAGCAAGGAAUUGUCAAGAUCUGUGACUUUGGGUUUGCGCGAAUUCUGAUUCCAGGAGAUGCCUACACUGAUUAUGUUGCUACCAGAUGGUACCGAGCUCCUGAGCUUCUUGUGGGAGAUACUCAGUAUGGUUCUUCAAUCGACGUGUGGGCCAUCGGUUGUGUUUUUGCAGAGCUCCUAACAGGCCAACCCCUCUGGCCUGGAAAAUCGGAUGUGGACCAACUUUACCUGAUAAUCAGAACACUAGGAAAACUCAUUCCAAGACAUCAAUCAAUCUUUAAAAGCAACCAGUUUUUCCACGGCAUCGGUAUACCUGAGCCAGAAGACAUGGAAACUCUUGAGGAAAAGUUCUUAGGUGCUCAUCUCGUGGCUUUGAAUUUCAUGAAGGGGUGCCUAAAGAUGAAUCCAGAUGACAGGCUAACCUGUGCGCAACUCCUGGAGAGCCCCUACUUUGAUUCUUUUCAAGAGGACCAAAUGAAAAGAAAAGCCCGUAAUGAGGGAAGAAACAGAAGACGUCAGCAGAAUCAACUGUUGCCUCUCAUACCAGGAAGCCACAUCUCCCCCACACCUGAUGGAAGAAAACAAGUCCUCCAGUUAAAAUUUGACCAUCUUCCAAACAUUUAGGAAAAUGUCCUUUCAAGUGGAAAGCAAUUUAAUAUGUACACAUUUUUGUGCAAAUGCGGUAGGAAUUGUCAGUGUUUCAAGGCAAAUGAGCCAUAGGAAAGUUAAGAUGCCUUCUGGAAUUGUGUUUGCUCUCAUGGUUGCUGAUUCCUUCCCUGUGCUUCUUUACAUGCCAAGGCUUU